CUUUUCCCCAAACUGCAGUCAAUGACGAUAGUAAGCACGAAACUUACUAAACACGCAUGUUUUUGGAGGUAGCUACUGGUUUAUUUCUUCGUUUCUGGUAUUUAGCUAGUACUAUUUGUUUGUAAACUGGAGCGCGGAAUGUCGCAAGAUAAUACCACGGAUGCUGGCCUGGAAAACUCCCUAGAUUUUUCCAUGGUUGAGCAGGAUCUGAGCAACAACGACGAUGUGGAUGAAAUUCGUGUGUCCGGCAGCUCCACAGAUUUGUCAUUGUUACAAAAUCUUUCGAUUAUCACAUCUGGGGGCGGAAGUGGCCAGGGGCGCCUGGACAGCUUACGCGAGAAUUUGUCAAAACAACAGGAACGACUUUCGGCGUUGCGUGAGCAGGCCCUCAGAAAAACCGAGGGUGGUCGCCGCAAAAGCAGUAUGAGCGACUCUAUGGAAUCGCUGAAAUCACUAGGACAGAAGUUCACGGUACUCAAGGGGCGCUCAGGUACAAGCCGAAAUGAAUCGACAGACUCGCACUGUAUUCUUAACGAAAUGGCUCAACGAAAUGUUUCGACACCGAUAACAACAAAAACGAAAGAUGCUGCUGGAAGCCACAUAUCGCCAGCAUCUCCCCCACUGGUCACUGGCAAUGAAAAACUGAUAAUGCUUACCCAACGCACCAUACAGAAUCGAGCAUUGCUAGAACAGCGCAAGCGAGAUAUUGCAAAAUCUCUGUUGUCCGUAAAAUCUUCGCUAGCUAGCACAACGGGUGAGCUGGGCUCCUCGAUGACGGAUUUGCGCACGGCGGAGCCAUCCGGUAAUGUACCAGUGUCGCGGCAUCGCUCGGCGGCAGAUUUACAACUGAAACAGCAGACGGGGGAGCAGUUUGACGAGGGGCGCCUGAAGCUGUUGAAAAACAAAAUUAAAAUCAAUGAGAUGAAACAAAGUCGCAAAGAGCAGGAAUUGACUCAAGAGCUUAACGAGCUGCGUAACGAACUAACAAAGCAAGUUAAUCGCAUCGAAGAAUUAGAGCAGUGUAAGGAACAACUACAAAAGACACUCACGGAGAGGAACGAGGAUUUAGAGACGCUGCGCCAAACCUCUGAGCUCGGCGGUGGCAACACGCAUCUGCAAAAUGAGAUUGCUGCUACGCGACUGCGAAAUAGUGAGCUUGAAGAUAUAAACGACAUGCUGGAGACGACGCGCCGUGAACUACAAGAAGAACUGUGCAAAGCACAGGAGAAGCUUAGCACCACGGAGUCGGACUUAUAUGCACUACAAGAAAAGCAACAAAACCUGGAACUAGAGCCGCAGCAGGAAAAAAGUAGCAAAUCCUCCAGCAGCACUGAGUCGCAGGUUAACAUAGAAUUGGCCAAGCAAGUGCAAGAGCUUGAACAGAAGCUUGAACAAUUACAGAAGCAGCAUGAGGAACUGCGUAGUGAGAAUGCGGCCAAUGUCAGUGCAAAGCUAGACGUAACCGAUACCAUGGUUUCUGAACGCCUGGCUGAGUUAGAAGCUAUCAUAGAGACGCAACGUGUGGAGCUAGAAGUGCGUGCACAAAAAUUGAAUGCCCAAGAGGAAGAUUUGGCCGAGAAGACAACCGAACUGAAUGUGCUCAAUGUUAAUUUGCGGCUGCUGGAAGAGAAGUUGGCGCAAAGUACUAAAAGUAAGCCUAUUUUCUUAGCUGCCGCCUCCGACAUAGACGUCAGUGAGGCCAGCGAGGAACUCAAGGCGGAGCUACAACAGUUAAAACAAAAGCUGGACGAAUCUAACAAGUCUAACAUCAAGCUUAAACUGCGCUGCAAGCAAACUGAGAAGCAAAUGGAGAAGCUCAAAACUAGCAGCGAGCUCCACAAGGAGCUGUCGCGCCUUACCGCUGCAAAUAACGAGUUGCAACAACGCGUAUCCGUGCUAGAGGAUGAGAAAGGCCAAUGGCAGCUGGUGCAAAUGCACGAUAACAAUGGUAGCGAGGAGGAUGAGCAGAUUACGCCCAGUAUUACUGGUGUAGCCCAACAAGAAACUAUCCGCCUACUUGAGGAGCAAAAACUAGAGUUGCAACAAGCGCUAAAAGCGCUUCAGCAGGGCAGCGAGUCAGCACGCGUGGAGUCAGAGAUUAGUGAAGUGCAAUUAGAAGAACAACUCUCACAACGCGUCCAACAGUUGGAAUCCGAAGCGCAAGAGCAGAGGGAGAAGAUUCAAAUGCUACAGAAUGAAAAGGAGGAGCUAGACAAGAAGCUAUCGCACUACAUAAACGAAAACAUGGAGCUGUUAGAUAAGCUGGAGAAAUUGAGCAAAUCAUCAUCUUCAGCGGAGUCUAUUGAGAUCGUGGAGCGACCUACGCAACAGGAAAGAGCUGAGCUAGAGCGCUUCAAUAAGCGACGACCAGUUAGUGAGGGCGACGAGAGGCCACCGACUGAGGAGGACGAUGGUAGUGUGCCCGAUGCUGUGGUGCUGCCAAGUUUUGUCAGCGAACUAACGCAAACGGACACAAACAUUGAAGCGAGUGAAGGUGCUGAACUGUUAGCAAAGAUAGAGCUCUUCACAACGGAACGACGCGAGGUACUGGAGAGAAUGGAGCACCUCAAUGCAGAAAACGUGGACUUGCAGUCCAAACUGGAGCAAUACGCACGCGAGGCCCAGCAGCUGGAGAGCGCAAAAAGCAAGCUAGAGCAAGAGCUUGAAGAUGUGCAGAGAGAAAAGCAGCUGCUAGUGAUGUCUCAAUCACAGCUGAGCAGUGACUCCAAUACGGGCAAGUCCAAUCUCACGCAAGAGCUAAGUUCCAUGCAAAAAUCUUCAGAAGUCGUGGCUGCCCUUGACAGUGGCGAAGGCACCGCGCUAUUCGACAAGUGCGAACGAUCCUUGUGUAAAUUAAAUAGUGAGCUGCAGGCCUACCGCAAGGCCAACGAUCGUAAUGCUAAAUUCAAUGUGUCCAAGAAGUUGGCCAAAGAGGCCAAAAAUGUGCAUACCCAGCUGACAGAACUACUGCAGAAGGUAAAAGAGGCCAGCAAUGCAGUGGAAACGGUCACAGUAGUUGAGACCGUAGUGGCUGUGACCGCACCUAAUGGCAAGGCUCUGGCCGAAUACGAGCAACUGACGGCACAAAAUGCUGAACUUAAGGCAACUUUGGCGACGCUACAACUAGAGUUAAGUGAACUGCGCGAUCAUCACGAGGAUAGUAAAGAGCCUGAGCCGCUGCCUGCGCACUUGGCCAUUGCAACGUAUGAUGCACAGAUCGAAACAGAUCGGCAACAAAAGGUGGCGGAAUUAAAAGUGGCUGAGUUGCAGGUCACGGUCGAGGAACUUGGCAAUCAGCUGCGCGAAGCAAACUAUGCCCAUGCAGAACGUCUACAACAGUUGACCGAGCAGAGUGAUGAGCUGCGACAGUUGCAGUUGCAAGUGGAACAGUUCGAUCACACAUUGAACAAGAAGGAGAUGGCACACGAAAAGCAAGUGGAGCAAUUGACGCGCGUACGCCGAGAGCUCGAGGGCAAAAACGAGACCUAUGAAGCAGAGAUGCAAAUCCUGCAAACGCUGGUGGCGGAGCAAAAACAACAGCUCAUUGAGGCGUACAGUGAGAGUGAGCACAAGCUCAAUAUGAAACUAUUGGAGCUGCAGCAGUGCCAUGAAGAUUUGGCUUCACUGCGGGCGGAGCUUGAGCAGCGUCGAAGUGAGGGUGAAGGAGAAGAGGCGGCUCUAGCCGAGGAGUGCAGUAAACUACGUGAGGCGCUUAAGAUUAACAAGACAUUAGCAUCGCAACAAGUAAUUGAGUUGGCAAAUAAGCAGGAGACGAUCGACUCACUGAAUCAGAAUAUCAUGGAGCUCUACGAGACUUUGGAGCAGCGUGCCGAAGCGCUAAGUGAGCUUGAUGCUGAGCAUAAUAAGUCUCAGGUGCUCUCCGAACGCCAAGUGCAACUGGAAGCUCAAAUGAACGAGCUGAAAACAGCGUAUGAGGCUAGCGAGGCGCGCAAUAAAGAACUGCGAGAAAAGCUUAAGAAGUACGCGGCGAAUUUGAAAAAGAGGGGCAUGGAAAUAACAGAAUUAGAGCAGCAGGUCAAGAUGCUUCAGGAGAGCGACCACCAUGGAAUAAAGUCGGAGCCAGAGUUGCCUAAUGUUACCAGUGUACAGCUGCUACUUAACACGGAACAUCAAUUACAGCAAAAGCAGACCCCAAUAUCCAAAAUUUACGAGGAACUCAAUCUGGACAGUCAUGAUCAAAAGCAACAGAUACAAAAAAGCGAUCAGAAAUCUAUUAAAUCCCAAGAAGAGGAGAAUCAACAACAAGCCAAGUUAUUGCGUCUACAAGAUGAGCUUCAAAAUGCGGUUCAUGCCAAUACAGAGCUGCGCCGCGAGUGGGAACAGGCGGAAAGGCAAUGGAGAGAGCGAUUAGAGGCUGCCAUGCAAACAACGCGCCAUGCAGGCUCCGGCGAUAGCGAUGGAGCAGCCAAUGAUCAAGUGCUUGAGGAUCUGCGCCGUCAGCUCGCGCAGAAAACGACUAAGUUUGAGAAAUGUAAGGAACUCAUAAAACAACGCAAUGCCACCAUACAGAAUCUUCAACGCGAGGUAAACGACCUACGUGGCCAGCUUCGGUUGCAAUCAGAGGAGGAUGUUAACCAGAUGAUUCCCGUUGAGCAGCAUGUGGCGCUGCAGGAGCAGCAUGAGCGUCUAGUCGAGCAGUAUGACAGUGAAAAAGCGGCCUUUGAACAGACCAUUGUCCGUUUGGAAACCCUGCACGAAGGUAUUCAGGCAAAGCUGCAGCAGGACAGAUCCUAUAUAGACUCACUAGAGGGCGAGAACGAUAACCUUAAGUGUAAGUUGACAAAUUUGGAAGAGAAAAUAACAACGCAGGCUCAGCUGCAGGCGACCCUAGAGCAGCGACUACACCAAAAAGAGGAGACCCUGCAGGGUCAAGCUCACGAGCAGCAGGAGCGAGAGUCACUGCUGCGCACUGAACUUUCUAAGCUGAGUGAGCUCAACAACAGUCAAACUCAACAGCUGGCCGAGGCGCGCGAGGAGGCAGAAGAUGCGCGACAGCGCUUGGACUCACUUCAAGGUGUCCAUGACACGCUGCUGGCCAUGCAUGAAAAACUGAGCUCUGAGAUACACUCGCAACGGGAGGAGCUUACCACACGUAGUGAUCAGGAGUUGCAGGAGCUGCGCCUGCAGCUUGACGCUCGAGAAUCUGAGAUCCAACGUCAGCGUUCUGUUUAUGAUGCCAAACUGGCAGCAAAGAGUACUGAACUGGACGAGUUAGAGUGUGACUUGAGCGCCCACAUGGAACGUGCGACGGCCGAAAACCGUGAGCUAACGCAGCAGUUGGAGCGGGUACAAGAACAGCUGCAGCAACGCAACGAGGAGUUAGCUUCACUAAAUCGCGAGCUGAGCUAUCUGCGCCUGCAGCAGGAUAAUGCUGAACAGGACGUCCUUGAGCUGCAAGAGCUGCGAAUGCAAGCAUUGCAGGACAAAACCGAAACGGAUAAUCUUCGUGCCCAAAUCGACACGUUGUGUGCCAAUCACAAUCAGGAACUGCAAGUACUGUUACAGCAGAUUGCAGAGCUUGACACAUUGGGCCAGAAUCAAACAGACGACCAGGUAUACAUACAAACUGAGAACAAACGUCUGGCAGAGCAGCUAGCAGAGUUGCAGGCUCGAGUAGCACACUAUGAGCGCGCUACGACAUCAGCACCUUCUCAAAGCAACGAAAAUGCAGAAUUAACCGGCGUAGCAGUUGAAGUUGAGCCCCCGCAGUUACUUGCUGCUCCCGCUAUGUUCUUUGGUAACGAUAUGGCCGGUCCGUCGCCUUUUGAUGAGAUUGUACAACCACGUCUAACGACAACGACACUGGGAGCCAGCCCUGCGCUCAAUGCUCCUCUUGAUGGGGGCCAUGCUGAUAACUUGGAGCAGCCCACAAUUGAGGAUCUGCAGCGCAACGUGUCCGAUCUUGAAAAACAUGCUCAGGAUUUAGAGACCAAAUUGCUGGCCCGAAAUCAGACUCUGGCUGAGCAAGAGGAGCGUCAACGUGAAGCUGCUACGCUAGAGCGGCAACAACUGCAGCAACGCCUACAACUAGAAAACUAUGUAGCCGAACUGAAGGUGCGCCUUGAUGAGCUGGAACAUCAAUUGCGAUCACGGGAUCAGGAGAUUUCUCAACUGCGAGCAAGCAUAGAGGAGCGCGAGCGUUUGGAGGCCGUUGACAAAAUGAUACAGCCGGAUUUUAGCAAAAUGGCACCUACACUAGACAUGUUUUUUGGCGAAGGGAAUAGCGAAUCGAUGACCAAAUCUGGCGCUGAUGGUGAUCUGUUGGCCACAAAUUUUGGGCAAGAGCAACCGGAGCCUGUUGUCGAAGAAGUAAUUAUACCAAAGAAGGCAUACAUUUGUCAUCCGGAACACCAGCAAGAAGUGGUUGAUUUGGGAGUGGAUGAAGAUCCUUGGGCCUCUGCGGCCGCCGAGCAGUCGUCGAGCAAGCCACAGAACGAUGAACGUGUGAUGGAACUACAACGUCUGCUAGCAGCAGCUGAGCAACAAAAGGCAGAUCUUCAAAUGAAGGUGACCAAGCUGAUGAAGCGUGUCAAAGAGUAUAAAUUAAAAGCAGUUACGACUCCAACAGUACCGGACACUGUAAGCUGUUUCAAUGAAUUGGACAAUGCCAUUAUUGAGGAGCUGAAGAAUCAGAUUCAGCUCCACGAGACCAAGCAGAGCCGCACAGAAGAGCUUUUGCAGCAGCAAGCGCUGGAGAAGGAAAAACUGAUCAAGCGCAUAGAUGUGUUGACUGCCGGCAAUGAUCGCAUGACCGAACUAAAAGAACGUCAGGAUAUGGAUGUGCAGAUGUAUCAAGCACGCAUACGGGAGCUUCAGGACAAACUCAAUCAGCUCGAAAGCUGGGGCGUAGAGGAUAUAAAACAUGACGCAACCCCAGCUGUAGCCGUAACACCAGUAUCCAGCGCUGUGGUGGAUGAAUUACAAAGCAGAAUCGAUGAUCUGCAGGCAGAAAACGUGGAACUCCAUGCGGAGUGGCAAGAGCUGCAGACACUGUUGCAAAAUGAGAAACAAACGUCACAGCAUGCCCAAACAAUUGCCAGUGAAGCGAUGAGCGAACGCGAUAAGCUCCAAGCAAAUGUGCAGCGUCAGAGUGACGAACUAAAAAUUCUCCAACAGCAGCUUACUCAACUACGUGACGAGUGUCAGGCCAAGGAGCAAGAACUUGUGGCAGCAAAGGCAGCCCAAACAUCCGAUUUAGGAGCCAUAAACAAUGACCAAGUGACACAGCUCCAAGAAAGGGAGUCAGAGAUUGCGCACCUUAAACAGCGCAUUGAGGAACUGAUGCGGGAAGAUCAGACAGAGAAAUUAGUUUUUGAGAUAUUGACCAAAAACCAAGAACUACAAUUGCUGCGCAUGCAGGUCAAGCAAUUAGAGGAGGAAAAGCAAGAAGAGGAGGAGGAGAGCAAGAAAGCGGCUCCUGGAACCGAGUCGGCCAAUAGUGCGCUGCAACUCCAACUAGAUGAAAUGCGUAUGCAGAACCGGUUGCUCGAGCAGGAAAAGGCCGACAUGGAAGAGGAAUUGCAAAUUCUCAACAAUCAUGUGUUAUCUGCACUGGAAUUGGAGGACAAGAUGAAACAAUCGGUACUUGAGCUGGACACCAAAAACAUCGAAAUCAGCGAGCUUCGCAAAUCGCUAGACGCUUUCCAGCAAUCGCAGGUUCAGCCGCAGCCUCAAUCCCUGCCACCAAGUAUGGACAAUAUCUUGAUUAAUCAGCAAUGGGAAGCCGUUGUGGAGCGAAAAUGUAGCGAGGUGGCUAAGGGAUGGGAGCAACAUCUCGCGCAACGCGAGGCUGACUUCCAAGUAAUAGAGAGUCAGCUCCUCUCCCAGAUUGAGUUUCUGAAGGCAGCUGCAAAGACAGCGGACAGUACCCAGGGAAUUUCCUAUGUGACGCCCAAGCCCGAAUCAAGCGAAGCGGUUGCUACAGAAACAAAUGAUAUUCUUCUACAUAUGCAAAAGGCACUGGAGACGCAAGAAAUGGAGAUCGUUACGUUGAAAGAACAGCUGGCCAUACGAUCAGCGGAAUAUGCGCGUCUGGCCGCCCAAUAUGACCCUUUCCGCUUGCAUAACACUCUAAGCGAAAGCGGCGGUAACGGAGGAGCCGUCACAGGCACAACCGGAACGCGGGACUCACUGCCCGAGUACGUUUUGAAAGCCGACCUCGACAAUGCGCUAAUGAUGGUGCACCAGCGCGACAUGCGGGUUGAGGAGAUGAUACUCGAACUGGUGCAAUUGCUGGAGGAGCGCGACCAUCUGCAACUUAAACUAUCGGACACAUUGCGUCAAUUAGAAGCCGAACGAGUCCGUGCCAGCGAUGUGGAGCCGUCCAUUCUAGCUGCAAAAACAGGUGCAACAAGUGUAGGCAGCAACUGCGGCACAGCUUCAUCCUCAGCUGGCUCCGGUAGUCCCAGCAAGAUCAGCAGCAGCAGUGAUUUGUCAGCGGUGAACAGUACCAGCGGGGGCGACUUAAAGCAAAAACUUGCCGAGCUGCAGACGGUGAAGCAUUCCAAAGACAAGGCGAUUGUCGAUGAACGCGAGCAGCGCUUACAACAAAUGAUACAGUUACAGAAGGAUAUGGCCAAGCAGGGCACAACAACCUCAGUGGCGCCAACAACUGCAACAGUGGCAACAACGUCGCCAGCAGCAACACCCAUAGGUGCACCUCAGCAGCAGUCGAGUGAAAUAGUAGAUCUGUCGCAAACAUCACUGCGUUCAUCUUCAAUGGCGCUCGUGGACUGGAUAUUGGGCAGCAAUAAGAAAGAGGAAGAGGGCGGCCAACUGCCAUCACAAAACUAACAGUAGCUGUUGCCACUAGUGUCUAGGACUUGCAAAUUCAAAUGGCGUCGUAGCCCUUGAAUACUAGUAACAUACAUUUAAAACCUAUUUUUUAUAUUAUAAGGAUUUUUGUAAAUUAGUUAUAAAGUUCGAUAUUAUGUACCUUGAAAGAAUGAAACCUAAAAACGAAAUAUUCCGAAUUGUACCGCAGCAGCAGAUGAACGUACGUUUUAUGUUGUAGAUAUGUAAAAAAUGUAGAAAACAAAAAGAAAAACAAAAGUCGUUAGAAUAUAAUGCAUACACACAUUUCAUA